UGAAGAAUACAUCAAAGUAGUUUCACACCUGUGUGGCGAAUAUGCACUCAGAAUGAACCAGGGUUGCAUGCACGUAUGGCUGAAAAUACUUAGAUCAGGUUGGGCAGGAUUUUUGAUGGUUUUACAUUUUCUUCCCAGUUUUGUGUGCUUCCUGUUUUUCUCAUGGUUCCGGCAUUGUACGGACAUCGGUGCUGAACAGGGAUGAAUUGGUCAGGACUAGAAGCCCUGCUCAGCGGAGUCAACAAAUACUCCACAGUGUUUGGCCGCGUGUGGCUAUCUAUAGUGUUCGUCUUCCGCGUUCUGGUGUUUGUCGUGGCAGCCCAGCGGGUUUGGGGAGACGAGGGUGCAGGCUUUGUGUGCAACACCAGACAGCCAGGCUGCAGCAAUGUCUGCUACGAUGCUACGUUCCCCGUAUCCCACAUCCGUCUAUGGGCAUUGCAGCUUAUCUUCGUCACAUGCCCAUCACUCCUGGUCGUGGCCCAUGUCAAAUACAGAGAGGAAAAAGACAAAAAGUAUGAAGCCGUACAUCAGGGUUCCCACUUAUAUGCCAAUCCUGGUAAGAAACGUGGGGGCCUUUGGUGGACCUACCUGCUGAGUUUGAUCGUCAAAAUGGUGGUAGACGCUGCCUUCCUCUACAUUCUUCAUCACAUGUAUAACGGCUUCGACCUACCUCGUAUGGUUAAGUGCUCGAUGGACCCGUGUCCCAACACGGUGGAUUGCUUUAUUUCUCGUCCUACAGAGAAGAAAAUCUUUACCUUGUUUAUGGUGGUUUCCUCGGUGCUCUGCAUUUUCAUGUGCAUCUGCGAAAUGUUUUAUCUCAUCGGAAAGCGCAUAGUGAAACGGUGUAUGAUGCCUCAAGAGCCUCAAAAGAAUGCUAAAAGAAUUGAUCCCACACGCAUGAGCAACGCAAGUCUGAGUUCGCGAAAAUCGAAAGACACAAAAUUAGAUAAAACUGCCAUUUAAUGACAACUCGUACAACCUUCAAGGAAAUAGCUCAUUUUCUUCAUCUAUACCCAGAGGAAACAAACAUGAUGGACUCUGAAAAGAAUAUACUCUUGAAUACGAGACAUACAGUCUUGAAUACUUCACAAUCUUUGAACAUUUUGAUUUGUGAAAUCUAUUACUUCUGUAAGGUUAUCAUUUUAGAGACAUCAUUUUACAGUUAAAAUUAUUUGUUUGUAUAACUAAGCUGUCACUGGGGAAGUACCCUUUCUAAAGGUCCUAACAUGUACAAUUUAGGUACAUAUAGGCCUACCGUAUACAUUUGGACCAAUAUUGAUGUACUAGUGUGCAGUCUUUGGUAUCAAUAUUUACCUCUGAGGUACUAUUAUAAACUCUUUAAGUACACGGUGUACUUUUGAAAAGGUCCAGAAACAGUGACAGCAAAGGACCAUUUUUUUUUAACAGUAUAUUGCUUAAUAAUGUUUUUGUCCUGCUUUUGUCAUACAACUAAUACAACACUGUUAAAUAGAUAAACUGAUUUGUAUUUUAUAAUAAUAAUUGUUAACCUAACAUAGUACUUAUUUAUAAACUAACAUGAAUUUUCGUACUUCUUUUAUUUGUUUUGUCCCUCUUUGCGUUAAAGGGGACAUUUCACAAGACUUUUUUAAGAUGUCAAAUACUGUACAGUGGCGGCUUGUGACUGCUCAUCCGAGGGGCGCAAAUUCAAAAUGUCAUGUGUGUUGCUUGCGUUUUCAAAAUAUGUCCUUGUUGUGCAAUGUUAACCAUGUGCAUCACGUGUUUUGUCAAAGUAAAUGCCUGCUUCACACGCGUCAACUAUUUACCUUCACAAAAUACACACAAGACACUCCCUUAACAGUAAACUCUGAUUACGCAUGAGAUUAUGCGAGUAUCGGGCAAACGCGAGCGUCUUUUUUAUCAUAAACCCUUUAGAGACGUCUGCAGGAGGCAUUUAUUUUGACAAGACACGCGCAGAACACAUUUUGAAAUAAGGAACCACACACGACGGGCUACAUACAUGUUGGGACGACCUUCGCAUGGAGCGCCCACGAAAAAGAAGUCACUGGCCGCCACUGGUCAAAUAAAUCUUUGGUGUCCCCAGAGUACAUAUCAGGGGCGUAGCUAGAAUUUUAUUUUUGGCUUAACACCUAUAAAUAAAACAGCUUAACACCUGUACACAUUUAAAACAGCAUAUUUACUUCACCGUUUCAGCAGAACAUGAAGUAGACUCAGAUGAUGUAGAUGGCACAUUUUCUCCUUCUCGCUCAUCUUUCCGUGCUUUUUUGAAAAAGCGUAAUAUUGUACUUUACGCACCAGCUGCCAUUGUCACCGAAUAUUAAUGAACUCUCAUGCGAAGAUCCAAUCAAGUUUGAAAACAGCUGUAUUUUACCAUGCAGCAUUUUGAUUUGAUUUAUUUUAUUUUAAGCGAUUGGAAAUCUGAGAGGGCGGACAUGUAAAUGAGGGGGCCAAGGCCCACCCAGGCCCCCUCAUGGCUACGCCCCUGGUACAUAUGUGAAUUUUUAGCUUAAAAUACCAGAUAUUUUAUCAAAGCAUGUUAAAAUUUUUAUUUUGUAGAUGUGAGCAAAAAUUUGCCGUUUUUGGGUGUGUCCUUUUAAAUGCAAAUGAGCUGAUCUCUCCACUAAAUGGCAGUGCAGUGGUUGGAUUAAGGGGCGGUAUUAUCCCCUUUUGACAUCACAAGGGGAGCCAAAUGCUUGCAACCUAGUAACUUAGUUUUCACCAGAAUUUUUUAAAAUUUGUACAUUUUCUAUGUUGAUGGAAGCACUAAGGGACCCAAUUAUAGCACUUAAACAUGAAAAAAAGACAGAUUUUCAUGAUAUGUCCUCGUUAAAUAACCGGAUGCACGAAGCUGGCGUGGACUUGACAAAUGUGCAAUAUUUUAUUUAGUUCUAUUUAUUUAUUUUGUAACAAUCUCAAGCACUUUUUGUGAACCAAACCCAUGAUGCCCUUAUAGUUUGUCUCCAAAUACAUAACAUUCAAUGUCAAUGUUGAUUUUCUUGAAAACUUUGUGGUUGAUCUAAUAUUUGCACAUCUACAGUAAUAUGAGACCAUUUUGCGGUGUUUUUGUUUACCUUUGUCUAUUAAGUGUACAGAGCAAAUAAAUGUUUGUGCUUCCUGGA